UUUUGGAGGAUUCAAAAGGCACAUUUUAAAAUCAAAGAAAUUCCCACCUUUGGGCACAGUUCAAGAGUGUCCUGCAACAGAGUGAGAAGAGGGGGAGAAGGGAGGAUAGCAGCAGUUUUUCCCCUCAUCUUUUCGCCUCUGCAGGCAUUUCUUCUGUGGAAAAAUGGGGGCAGGAGCUAUGACCAUCUGUCACAAUAAGACAGCAGUGCUGGUUAAAGAGGACAUGAAGAAGAUGGUCCAGAUACCCAUCCUGAGACCCAGAGCAGUGGCAGCCAAGCACACCAAACUGUUUGGAGCAUCCCUGUUUGAGCUGCAAGAGCAGGGCCUGGUGGAGGAUGGAGUGCCCCUGGUGGUACGGAGGAUGGUGGAGCAUCUCCGCAAGUAUGCACUGCAUCAGGAAGGUCUGUUCAGAGUAAAUGGCAACGUUCGCGCUGUGGAAACCUUAAAGCAGCGUCUGGAGAGUGGCGAUGAUGUGGACCUACUCUCUGAAUCAGAUCUGUGUACUGUGGCCAGCUUGCUGAAACGAUACCUCAGAGACCUGCCAGACGGUCUUAUAAACACAGAAGUCCAACAGGCACUGAUGCAGCACUACAAAGAAUGUGGGGAUGAUGGCUGCUGGUCAGAUAUGAGGCACCUGCUCCAACAGCUUCCAGACAUCCAGCACAGCCUCCUGCGUUACCUCUGCCACUUCCUCACUCUUGUGGAGAGCAACCACAAAGACAACCGCAUGACAGCCCACAAUCUUGCCACUGUGUUUGGACCCAGUGUCUUUCAUGUGGCUCCAAGCUUUGAAGCAAUAAAGGACCAAAACAUCUGCAAUAAGCUCAUGGUCAGAAUCAUCCAGAACUACAGCAGCAUCUUUGAGACCAACACAGAUAAAGACAAAGAGGACUACUCAGAAGAACGCCCUUCGCUCAUCAUUGUCAAGGAGGCACACGUGUUGGAUACAGACACAAAGAAGCAACCAAGACACCUCAGCGUAAACACAUCAACACCAAGGGUGAAAACUGAGCACCUAAAUCCACCAGAAAAUGUUGAACUUCUGAGCAAAUCCUGCACCAUCGGUCCAAAGACUAGGACACGGAAAAAGAAGGUAAGAAAGGGAAGGAAUGACAACUUGGCUAGUGUCCUGCCUCAGCCCAUCCUGUCCCCUGGGGUGCCCCACUCGCGGCCUUUCUCCAUACCAAUAGUUUUACCCCUGACCUCAGAGCUGAGGAGCCCCAGCCCAGAGCCGAUGGACACAACUUCUCUACCUCGCCAAGACUCUUCACACAAUCACUCACAGGUUGCUCACAUUGAUCUCAGCCUCUCAGGCAGUACGGAGGGCCUCAGCAGCUCCCAAGAUGAAGACAGGCCAAUAUCUCCUUUCUACAUGAGUAACCACCUCUCGCCUGUCCGCUGCAGACCAGACGUGGUAAAUUUUCUGGAUCAGACCAUACACUCAGCAGUGGAGCAGCACCUCUUUGACGUAAAUCCUUUCGCAGAUCAACAUUCAGAGAAUUGUGAGUUAACCACAUGUCCCUCAGGCCUAAAGGUGACUCCAACUGCACGACAGAGACGCCGGCAGCAGAGAGAACAACAGGUGGAGGGCUUGAGACACACAGAAAGGAACAGAGCUGCAUCCAUCAGAGCAGACAGCAACAAAGACAGCACCCCGUCAAGUGGUGGUAGCAGUUCAGGCAGCGUGGGGGAGGACACCGGCAGCAGUCUGGACUCACAGGGAGGCCAGACUGGUCAUGCUGAGCGAACCCCCAAGGCCAGGAAAUCAAAACAUAACCUUACUCCAGUGCAGCUCGCUAGCAACCAACAGAAAAUCAGAGAAUGUGUUGGUGAAAGACCUCAUGAAAAACACAUGGACACACUUCACAAAGGGAAUGACAUUUCAAGAAAAGUUGUCCUUGGAUCUGCUUUACAGACGCUAAGGAUGAAGAUCCAGGAGUCGCCCGUUAACUGUGAGACGGGGAGAGUCGGAGAGGUGCGAGGCUCGGACCCGGACUGCGAGAAGACAAGCUGCGAGGACGUGCCCCGGCUGGACUUGACAGCACUGACUGAGGACAACAACUGGGGAGAACCAGUCCCAGCGUACUCGCUGCAGAGGGAGAGCAUGGACCAAGAGGAAGCCCGGCUGUCUCCUCACGCAGGAGGACGUCUGAUCCGCCAGCUCCUGGAGGAGGACAGCGAUCCAAUGGUCUCUCCUCGUUUCUAUGCCUACGGACAGAGCCAGCAGUACCUAGAUGACACAGAAGUGCCUCCUUCACCGCCGAACGCACACUCUUUUAUCAGUCGCAGGCGGAGUUCAUCUCUCGGCUCCUGUGACGAUGAAAGAGAGGAGCUGACCUCCGCCCAGCUCACAAAGAGGAUUCAUGUACUGAAGAAAAAGAUCCAAAGGUUUGAGGAGAGGUUUGAGGAGGAGAGAAAAUACAGGCCCUCCCACAGUGAUAAAGCUACAAACCCAGAGGUGCUGAGAUGGGUCAAUGAACUAGCCAGGCUUCGCAAGGAGCUAAAAGAACAUAAACUCAUGAAGUCUGAAGAGGACCUGCCACCGCUGACCCGCCAGCGCAGUAACACCCUGCCUAAAAGCUUCGGCUCUCAGCUGGACAAGAAGCCCCAGCAAGAGAAGGCUCCGAAGCCACCGGUGGAGAGCACGCUGGAGUCCAUUUUAAAGAAGCUGCAGGAGAAACGGGAGGAGGUGAACCGACCAGAGGACAUCAAGGAUAUGACACGGGAGCAAAUCGCAGCUGAGAAAGUUGCCCUGCAGAAAGCUCUUCUCUUCUAUGAGAGCAUACAUGGCAGACCAGUGACCAAGAGCGAGAGGCAAAUCAUGAAGUCGCUAUACGACAGAUAUCGCCUGGUGAAGCAGAUUCUUUGCAGAGCCUCCACCAUCCCAGUAAUAGGCUCUCCCUCCAGCAAGCGCAGAGGUCCCCUCCUUCAGCCCAUUAUCGAGGGUGAAACCGCACUUUUCUUCGAUGAUAUCAAGGAGGAAGAGGAUGGCUCAGAGGACGACGGAGACACAAAAACUCAGGUCACGAUAACCGUUCGGCAAGACCUCAACAUGCUCAGCCUGCUGGACCACACGGAAGAGGAAGUCGAUGGUUUCAUCUCACCUGUGGACGAACUUUCGCCCUCAAAGAACACGACAGACAUGAGGCUUUCCAACCUACACUCUGCCACCGUGCAGGAGCUUGUGGAGCAGCUUCAGGAGGCCAGAGAGGAGAAGAAGAGGAUCCGCAAGAACCUGAAAGAGUUUGAGGACCAGUUCUUCAGACAGAAUGGAAGAACUGUCCAGAAAGAGGACCGCUCCCCUCUGGCUGUGGAGUACCACGAAUACAAGCAUGUCAAAGCCAAACUGCGGCUGCUGGAGGUCCUCAUCAGCAAAAGAGACUCUACUAAGUUCAUUUGAGAUCUAAUAAUAAAAGACUAAUAGAGGACUUGUGAUCAGUUAAACAUCUCAUCUGACAAGAAAAGGUGGGAUAUUCUUUCUUGUGAUGCUGCUGUUGGAACGACCUUCCUGAAGGCACGUUGAUUGGUUCUGGGUCCCCCUCCAACACCCACAGACAGCUGCCCACCUGCAACUGGCUCAUAGACCUCAAUCUUCAAACGAGGAUGUUCCUCCAGACAAAACAUGCGCACAAAUAACCCGAAUUACACUUAUUUUGCUGAUAAUUUAUUUCUGCCAUUUUGAAAGUUUUAAAGUAACAGAAACAUUAUUUUUUUCUCAUGUUUAACUGUAGAAAUCGUUGAAAAUAGACCUUAGUGAUAAUUAUUGCUAUUUUUGAAGGAUUCUGCAAUGAAGAUGAGUAUUUAUGGGUUUCUUUGUUUUAUUUCCUAAGGGAGAUUUUACUAUUUGUACAACUUAACAGUAUUCACUUAAUGAAUAACUUGUUUUUAUUUCAGUCCUGACCACCAUAUUCUGUCUGAAAUAGUCAUUUGGCUUCUUUAGAAGUUUAUCCAGUACUUGCUCUCUAAAAAAAAAAAAAAAAAAAAAAAAAGUGGUUUCCUCCUUCACUACAACACAAAGGCAGUGGAAACAGCGAACCAAAUCUUCUUCAAUGAAACAGCUUGUUUUUGUGACCACUGAUGCUUACUUCAGCAUUUGACUUUAUGUUGUUUGCACACACUAACACAGACAAGGCCAGACGAGUGGGGAGAAGAGAGAUGGCUGCUCUGUGUGUGUGUGUGUGUUUGUGUUUGUGUGUGUGUGUGUGUGUGUGUAUGUGUGUGUGUGUGUGUAUGUCUCCCUUUCGUCAUCUCCAGAGCUUGUAUGUAUUUCUGUAAAUAUGGAUCACUAAGUAUGUUUACAUUUCUGUGAGCAAGUACCUUUCUCCUUUCUUUCUCCGAAAUGGAUGAUUAUCAGUGUGAAUUUUGUUUUCACUGAACGUAAACACUGGCUAAGCUUGAUAAAUCCUGAGUGUGUACAUUUUAGUACAUAAAUUGUAUUUUGUAUAUAAUAUGAAUGAAAUAUUUUUACUGACA